CAACAACGCGAACAAAACCCAAGCCAAGAUGGCGACGUCGUCCAAGUGCAUGUGGUUCGCAUUCGCCGUCAUCUUCGCCGUGGUGGCGGCCACCCUGCAGCCGUCGGCGGCGACCAGCAGAGUCGUCCUCGACGACGCAGACCAAGAAGCAGGUCCUUCUCCACGGCCGCCGGCGUGGCGCCCCCGACCGCGGCUGAUCCCUCCGCUUCCAUGCAUCCCAGGCCUGCCGCGGCUGCCAUGGCUGCCGCCCUGCAACAACAACGACUCGUCGUCAUCAGGCGGCGGCGGCCACGCACCGAUCGUCGUCCCCCACCCGCCGCUCCCUCCGCUUCCUUGCAUCCCGGGCCUGCCGCGGCUCCCGUGGCUGCCGCCCUGCAACAACGACUCAUCACCGUCAUCAGGCUCAGGCGGCGGCGCACCGGCGAUCGACCCGACGCCGGCGCCGCCGCAGCCGGCGGAGUGCCGCACGUCCCUGUCGGGGCUGGCGCCGUGCGCCGACUUCCUGACCAACGCCACCAGCGGCGGUUCGGCGUCCCCCGCGGCCGCGUGCUGCGCGGGGCUCAAGUCGCUGGUGGAGGACGCGCCCAUCUGCCUCUGCCACGCCAUGAACGGCGACCUCGGCAAGAUCAUGCCGGCGCCCGUGCUACGCCUGCGCGUCAUGGCGCUCCCCCGCACGUGCCACGUCGCUGUGCCGUUUGGCACGCUUCGCAAGUGCAUCAGGGGACCUGUGCCGCCGAUGGAUGCGCCAUCUGCACCACCGGCAGCAUAAUAUAUGUGGGAAGUGGAAUGCAGAUGAGGUGCACAAAGCGGACGGUCGGUUGGAAUAGUUUCGCCCAGGGGGGAGUUAGAGUUAUAUAGAUUAGAUUAGUAUAUAGAUUAGAUUAGUAUAAGUAUUCGUCCAAUAAUGCCUGCUGAUUUACAGCGUCCUAGCAAUGUACUAGGGAUAUAUCGGUCAUUCAUACAUGAAAAUUAUGCGCC